AUGGGUCCUACCCCGGAGCCUCCUUCGAUAAAUGUUGAACCCGUAUAUUGCCCUGAAGCGGUUAUGCGAUGGUACCAUCUCACGUCACUACCAAACAGCAGGAGCCAAUGUACAUUACGCAGGAACCUCUCCUUACAGGCCAAGAAGCAUCUUCGUUAUCUGGGUUGGAAAUUUUGGUAUGUUGACAAGAAAGAAAAGUGGGAGUUGCGUUACACAUCACCCAUCAGCGGCAAAAAUUACAUUUCUCUCGCAAGGGCAUGUAAAGGUUGCAUAGAAGAGGGAGGUUGCAAUGAAAACCCUCAAAAUGUUAAAGAAAACAACAUCCUUCAUCACCAAUACCCUACAUCUUCUCAACCAAAAGAGGAGACAAGCGAAUCCAGAAAGAAAACCAGGGUCUGCAAGAAAAGGCAAAGUGAUGAUGACGAUGAUAAGUCAUUUGGAGAUGCCACUAGCUCUGUGAAUGGUAGAAGAGGUAAGGUCUUGCGGUCAAUCAAAAGAAUGAGGCAAGAGGGCGAGGCACAGGGUUCUAAGUGUUCACAACACCAUCGUGGAACCCUUAUCCCUUGGUUGAUAAGUAACGGUGUCGUGGGUUUAGAUUCCGUGGUACUCUGCCAUGGUGCAAAUAACGUGGUUAAGAAAGGGAAGCUAUUGUGUAGUGGCAUAGCUUGUGAUUGCUGUGACAUGUUAUUCUCUCCCACUCGCUUUGAGGCUCAUGCCGGGUGCAAUAGGCACAGACCAAAUGCUAGCAUUAUCUUGGAAGAUGGAAGGUCAUUGUUAGAUUGUCAAAAGCAAGCCCUGGGUUCUCAACAAAACGGGAGUUGUUUUGAGAAAGAAGAGGAACUGGAUGACAGUGAAUAUCAAAAUGAUAACUUUUGUGCCGUUUGUCGUUACGGUGGUGAACUAGUGUUGUGUGAUCGAUGCCCCUCUUCGUUUCACCUCAAGUGUUUAGGUUUAACCCAUGUCCCUGAUGGCGAUUGGUUCUGCCCAGUUUGUUGUUGCAAAAUUUGCAAGCGACCCAGAUGCACAGAUGAUUGUGCUCAUAAUGUGGGUGCGAACAGUGUUUUAGUUUGUCAUCAGUGUGAGGGUAGAUACCAUAUUGGAUGCUUAAAAGCUCCUGUACCAGCUUACACCAAGAUGGGAAACGAGGAAGACCAUUUUGGUAAUGGGAAUUGGCUCUGCAGUAGAGACUGUGAGAGGAUAUUUUUCAGUCUGCAGAGGCUUGUGGGAAAAACCAUCAAUGUUGCUGCAGAAAAUCUUACUUGGACGCUGUUGAAGGCGGUGAAAAGGGAUAGCAGUGGAGAAGAUGAUCUUACUUUGGAUGGAGUUGAAGGUUUGAGUCAAAACGAAAGCAAGCUGAGUGUAGCUCUUGAUGUAUUGCGUGAGAGUUUUGACCCAGUUAUUGAUGCUUUUUCUGGUAGAGAUAUGAUGGCUGAUAUUAUUUUCAGCAGAGGUUCAGAACUCGAUGAUCGGUUGAACUUUCGCGGCUUUUAUACUGUGGUUUUGGAGAGGGAUAAGGAGGUGGUUUCUGUUGCCACUGUAAGGAUUUUUGGCAAGAGGGUUGCGGAAAUUCCAUUUGUGGCUACUAGGAUGCAGCGUAGAAGACAAGGAUUGUGUAGCAUCUUGAUGUAUGAGAUCGAGAAGCUGUUAACUCACUUGGGGGUGGAGAGGUUGGUUUUGCCUUCCUCGUGCAGUGUGAUAGACACUUGGACAAAAUCAUUUGAUUUUUUAAGGAUGAAACUUUCAGAUAAGUCUCAGCUACUUGAUUAUGUUUUUCUGAACUUCGAGGGUACCAUCAUGUGCCACAAACACCUGGUGCAACAAACUUAUAUAUGA